AUGCAGGAGACCGAUGAUCCCGAACUGUUUGCUAAAAUCUUCAGAGAAAAGUUAGUCCAUCAGUUUGGGGAUAUUCCAGAGGUUGAUAUUGUCGUUGCGGGAGAGACAAAAGGAAUGUUCGGAGGCUUUAGACUCCCUGAUGAUGCAGAUGAAUACCUCGCCUAUUACGAGGCACUCUAUGUGCUCUUUCCGAAUGCGUCGGUUCUGCGCAAUCUUGAAAGCGCCCGAGAAGAUGUCCGAAAGGCAAAAGCAGAAGGAUAG